AUGGAUUAGGCGUAGAAUGAGGAUAUGAGACUAUAUCCUUGCAGUAAUUGCUCAGAAUAAUAUCCUUAUUGUUUCCUUCCUGAUCACUUAGAAAGUUGUCUAUAAGAGAGCUUGUAAGUCGAGUGUCGAUACUGUGGAGAGAGCGUACUGGAGAAAUUUAUGCAGAAUCAUUAAUAGAAUUGCAAAGCAUAUGCUUUGUAAGAUACUGAGGAUGAUGUUUGUGAAUUUUGCAAAGAGAAAAUAUUUAAGAAAUUUAAAUAGGAUCACUACUCAGAUUGCCCAUUGAAGCUAGUUGCUGACUCUUAUUAAUCCUAUAAGGCUCAAGAAUGCCCAAUUUGUUUAGUAGAAAUUGGACCUGCUGAUCAAAAAGGAGUUCUCUAAUGUUGCCAUGUAUUUCAUUAAGGAUGUCUAUAAGAAUGGCAAAAAAAAAGUUUAGAAUGCCCAGUCUGCAGAUAUAGUUGA